AUGGCGGCUGUCGCGAGCGCUCGCUACAAUGAAUGCGCCGGCAUGGUGCCAGGAGUACAGCAGAAAUGCUGGAAACUGGCGGUGAACACACUACUGGAUGACGUAUGGGCGAUACUCGUCAUGGGAGAAAAUACGGCUCUGUGUCAGGGUAAGAAGAUGGGAAGUCAGCCGGGCAUCAUUACGGAAUUGAAUUUCACUUCGCCUGCUCCGCCCUCGUACACCCAGCCGCCGCCGUCUUACGAAGAUGCCGUCAGCCAUUUACCGCCGGGUUAUGAGACUCUGGAUACCCUUGCGGAGCGCAAGACGGGUGUGCUGCCGGUGGCGCUACCGUUGCUAGCUGAAAAAGCCAAAUCAAAAUCAGUAAAUCAGUCCUCUUCUGUAUUGAAAGAUCGGAGGGACGUUGAUAUUGAUUUUGAGAGCGCGGUAGGCAUCCGGGAACAUAAGAAGAAAAAAGGUGGAGCAAAUAAGAAGCCAGUCGCUUCAACCCCGGCGGCAAAUGCCGGUGGCUCGGAUGGUGCAGGGGAGGAACCGCCGAGUGGUGAUGGUGGAGGAGAUGCAGGCGGAGGUGAAGGUGGAGAUGCGGGUUCCGGCGGAGGCGAUGGGGGUGACGGUGGUGAUGGCUGGGGGGAUAGCUGGGCUACAGCCGGGUCCAAAAAGAAGAGCAAGAAGGAAGAGGAGGAAGAAGAAGAAGCAGAACGACUGGCCAAAGAGGAAGAGGAAAAGAAGGCUGCUGAAGCAUCUGCUGCAAACAAUCUCAGCUGGGCUGAUGAUGGGGAUGCAGGUGAUGACGGUUGGGCUGGCGUUGGAAAAAAGAAGAAAGGAAAGAGUGAUGCACCAGUAGACGAUUUUCAGGAUAUCGGCCUGAACGAUGGUGCGCCACAGUUGGACUUGAACUUCGAUUCAGGGCCUAAAACGGGCGGGACUGGUUUUGGCUUUGGUGGCUGGGGGAAGGACUGGAAUACUGGCAACAAGACAGGUCUUGGGGCCAUCGGUGAGUCCGCUCCGAAAGAGGAAUCCAAAGAUACAAAUCCUUGGGCAAUCGGCAAGAGCAAAUCAUCGAAGACCCCCGGUGGGUUUGAUUUUGGCGACUUAGGAUCCGGAAAAGACUCCAAGCCCGACGACGACUGGGGUGCCUGGGAUAACCCAAAGGAUAAGAAGAAAAAGAGCCUGCUUGAUCCAGAGCCCGAACCGGAGCCUCAACCAGAACCUGAACCCGAGCCAGAGCCAGAACCAGAAGAGCCAGAACCGGAGCCCAUCAAAGACAUCACGCAGGAGGCUUGGUAUCUAAAUCUUUCCAAAAAGGAACAACGCAAGGCAAAGAAGGAAUGGGAAAAGAAGGUAAAGGAUGCUCAGGCCGAGGCCGAUGCUAAAGCUAAGGUGAAAGAGGAAGCCAAGGCAGCCAAGGAAGAGGAAGAACGCCUAGCAAGGGAAGAGGAGGAACGCCUAGCGAAGGAAGAGGAAGAAACGAAGGCCCAGGAGGAAGCAGAUCGCAAGGCUAAAGAGGAGGAGGAAGCCAAGAAAACCCAGCAAGAAUCCAACGACUGGGGCUGGAAUGUCCCGUCCAAGAAGGAGAAGAAAAAGAAGAUCGACCUUCUGGCUGACCCCUUACCUGCACCGGAUCCCCCAACGGAUAGUGGCUGGAUGGGUGAUUGGGGGACGACUGGGAAGAAGAAAAAAUCGAAGGAUCCAGAGCCAAUUCCAGAGCCAAAAGAAGACGACUGGUCUAGCUGGGGUGUCUCAACGAGCAAGGACAAGAAGAAGAGCAAGGGCAAAGUCGAACCGGAGCCUGCGCCCGAACCUGAGCCCGAGCCUGAACCUGAGCCUGAGCCUGAGCCUGAGCCCGAGCCAGAACCGGAACCUGAGCCUGAGCCUGAACCAAAGCGAGAGCCACUGGAUCCUCUCUAUGAAGACUGGCACACUAUAAGUUCGAAGGAGCGGAAGAAGCGAGAGAAACAGUUGACACGAAAAGGGCUUCCUAUCCCCGGAAAGGACGGCUUUGAACUUCCCUCUGAUAAACCGCCUGACCCUGAACCUGAGCCGGAGCCCGAGCCUCCUGUCGAACCUGAGCCUGAACCUGAACCGGAACCGGAACCUGAGCCCGAGCCAGAACCUGAACCUGAGCCGGAACCCGAGCCAGUGAAGGUAGUGGAAGAGGAGAGCUGGGGAGGAGCCUGGGGCGUUACUAAGACCAAGAAGAAAAAGAAGGGCAAAGAUAUUGAAGAGCCGCCACCUCGCGCUCCUACACCUCCUCCUCAGGGCCUAACUCCAGAACCAGAGGCUUUCAAUGAAGGCAAUGAUGACAUCUGGGCAGACCUUGCCCCUAAGAGCUCUAAGAGCAAGAAGACGAAAGCCAUUGAGUCAGUCAAGGAAGAAAAGCCUGCUGCCAAGGGCUUUUGGGCAACAAUUACGGGAGGAUCAGCACCCAAGAAAUCCACCAAGAAAGACGAACCUCCUAAGGAAGAGGACCUUCUAAUUGACGUUGAAGAUGAUCCCCCUGCUGAGCCAGAACCCGAACCUGAACCCGAGCCUGAGCCAGAACCUGAGCCAGAACCUGAGCCGGAGCCGGAGCCGGAGCCAGAACCAGUGAAGCCAAAGGUCAAGAGCACAGCUAAACUAUCUGUUGCCGAGCGCAUCAAGCAACUGGAACAGGCCAAAAAGGACAAGAUCAAGGAGUCUAAAUUGAAAUCCAAGGAAAAGAAGCCUGACCCCGAACCGGAGCCAGAGCCUCCCGCCGAGGAGCCUGUGAAGAGCUCUAAGUCCAAGAAGGAUCUGGAGCCAGAAGAAGAAAGAGAGCGUUCUAGAGACUCUGUUCCAGGUAGCUUCCCAGAUGAACCUCCUGCUGAGCCAGAGCCGGAGCCUGAACCUGAACCAGAGCCCGAACCAGAGCCAGAAGCCGAAGCUCCUGCUCCCGAUCUCUCGAAGAUGACUAAAAAGGAAUUGAAGAAAUAUAAAAGGGCCCAAGCGGCCGCCGAAGCUGCCAAGGAGUUUGCUCCGCCCCCACCCCCAGAGCCGGAAGCCCCGGCCCCGGAGCCCGAGGCUGAACCAGAGGCUGAGGCUGAGGCUGAGCCAGCUGCAGAAGUUGAUGACGGGGCUCCCCCGACACCACCCCCUGAAGAACCAGAGGAAAAGCCUUCCAAGUCCUCUAAGAAAGAUCGCCCACGUGUUGAACGCACCAAUACAUCUUCUGGCUGGGGAUUCUGGGGUGCAGCGCCACCAGCAAAGAAAUCUAGCAAAAAGGAUCCAAAGCCUCCAAUAGAGCCGGAACCAGAGCCGGAACCGGAGCCAGAGCCUGAGCCUGAGAUUGAACCAGAGCCAGAGCCAGCACCGGAGCCUAAACCAGAACCAGCAGAAGCAGAAGCUCCUGAGGAAGAAGCUCCAAAGGAAAUUCCCAAGGAGAAGAAGAGAUCCUCCAAGGACAAGGAGUCCAGGAAAAAGGAAAGCAGUCGAGCGGAACGGUCGAAGCCGACAAAGUCUCGACCUAAGGAGUCUGAUCAGGAGAUUGAAAAGUCGUCAACAUCAGACCGAGAGAAACGGCGAGACCGCGAGGCGCGCACUCCGAAGCAGCAGCGUGCCUCGACGCUAUCCAAUUUCAUACUUGGUGCUCCUCCACCUACGCGAACGAAAUCAACGCGCAAGCCAGGCACUUCAAAGUCAGCUUCCAGGCCAGUGUCCCGUAGACCAUCUGUUGAGAUGGAUGGUGAGGGCGCCAUGCCAUCCCCUCCUCCGGAUGAUAAGCCCGAGAUGCCCGAUAAGGCAGCCAGGUUGAUGGGGGCAUCAAAAUCAAGGCGCGAACGUCCACGCAUGGAGAAACGGAGAUCAGCUCCUCGUGAUCCUUACGCGAUCGAAGACGACGACUUAGUCAUGGUAGACGCAGAAGAAGCUGGUGGCCAAUCACCCAAGGAGGGCUCUAAGGGAUCUGCACCAUCGAAGCGCAGAUCCAGGAGAGAGUCGCGCGCAAGGCCUGAAGAGGAUGACGCUGUCAUCGUCGAUGCGGAUGGGCCCGAUGACGCCGUUCUUGUCGAUACCCCAAGAGACCCCAGGGAACGACGCUUGAAGCGUGCUAACACAGCUCCACCCAAGAAGCAAGAAUCCGGCGGUUUAAUGGGCCUGUUUGGUUCUUUUAGAAAGAAUAACACUCGCCCAGAACGUCCAGAAAUGCCAGACCGACGAAAGUCCCGCUCAUACCGCGACGAAGAAGCAAGAAACAUGACAGAGCCAGAACGUGAUGAUCCUCGACGAGCGCGACGUGACGACCGUCGCCGGCGAUCUGUCAGGCCUGACACCGAUGGGGAAGGAUUCACCACCGAUGCUGCUGGUGCGGCCAUGGGCGAAACAGAAGCCGAAGAUGCGGAAGCCCGUAGAGCCGCCCGGCGAGCGAAGCGCACAUCUCGACAGGCACCUUCCGAUACACGCGAGGUGGAAGCGCGGGAAGCCGAGGAACGACGUGCUAGGCGCAAAGAAAAAGAGAGAGCACGCGAGCAGCAGGCUAAGGAAGAGGAGGAAGAGCGCCGUCGCGUCCGCCGUGCUGCACGAGAGGAGCGACGUGCACGAGAAGAACAAGAAGCUCGCGAAGCCGAAGCUGCUGCCGAGGCCAAAGCAGCAGAACGACGUGAACGCCGACGCGUGCGCGAAGAGGAGAUGGCCGCUAAGGCUAAACGCCGGCGCUCUCGCGCUGAAGAACCCCCAGCCCAAAACUUUUACCCGCCUGAAGAGCGACGUCGUGGCUCGCGAACAGCGGACGACUCGAAAUCUCAUCGCAGGCCCAGACCAAUCAUUCCAGACGCACCCGAAGAGGAUCUUGUCAUGACUGGUGGACUCAAUCACGGCGCGCCAAAGAAAGACAAGACAUCUUCGUGGGUCUACUCCCAAGCUGAUGAGCCCCCGGAGCCUCCACAAAUAGUCCCAACCUUCAUUGAUAUGCCUCCAGCCGCUGCUACUGCCGCGGAAAACCUCAACGCGCAUUCACUCUCUUCAGACGAAGAAGCUCGCCGUGCUGUCCGUCGCCGAGCUCGCCGCCGUGCGAAGUACGGUGAAAUGGCUGACGAGGAGAUUGAGGAGAACCGUUCGCGCCGCCAGCCUUCCCGCCGAGACCCCAAAAGCAGCUCUGGCAGUGGUGACUACGAGCGCGAUCGUGGUAUGAGAUCACAUGGAAGUCGACAGGAUGCUCCUGUCCCUCCGAGCUCUGGGGCGAAGAAGUCGAGCUGGUUGCGCAAACUUGCAAAUUUCUAA